UUAGCUUUUCAAAACUUUCUUUUUUUGGUUUCCUUAACCGGUGCCCCGGGGCACCGGUUAGCACGACCCUUUUUAUUUGGUGUAACUCGGGUAUCCUCUGCACGUAACUGCAGAAGAUAAUCCUUCGAGCCUUGUGGGAUUCAAAUGAGUGGCAAACUCUCCUUACAAAGAACCCCCUUACCAUUGCUAGUUAAAAAAUAGUCUAAUAAAUAGGGACACUAAACUCUCCUUCGAACGUACAUUUUUACAAGCUCGCGGUCUCACUUAUAUUGAUAUGCGGUUUGGAAUUUGGAGAAUUUGAUGAAAAAGAAGAUAAAGAAGUAACAGGUGAUACAGGGAUUGUACAAAUGGCUUCCACUGACGAGGACAAUCCCCAGGCUAAGGAGAAGAAGAAAACUGAAGAACCUACCCCUGCUUGUCAUUCAAAGCAAAUCGUAAUAUUAUUCUAACAAGGGUGAAGACGAUCUUAAAUUGUCCGCCAAUUUGAAGGAGUUUGAUGAUUUUUGGGACAAUCUUAUAACUUCUAAGGAAAUUGAGUUUGACAAGAUGUGGAGUGAUUUCAUGCUAGAAUUAGAAUGUAUGAAGUUGGGUUGGGAGAGAGACGAGUACAAUAAUACUGAUCUUUCUGCUAUGAACAUGUUCAAAAGAGUGAGUAAUGGUGAGAUUGUUAGUGAUGAUGAGGAGGAAAAAGAGGGAGAACCAUCUCAUGUGGAAGGCAUCGACUUGUAUUUUGCUGACCUUCUGCUGUGCUUUGAGUGUCCUUUUGGAUCAGAGAUAAAUAGCAACAAAUGUUCUAAUGAGCACACACUGACUGCUUCUGCUUAUUUCAAGAAUGCAAGCAUAGGUGAAGAUCAUGCAACUUAUCGGCUAUUAUAUCAUUUGUUUUCAGAAGAAGAAGCUAUUCUAUUUAAAAAUGGCAUGCAGUCUUUGAACUUGUCAUCCUUCAUUGGAUCAAUUGGAUGCAAGAGGAAUCUUUUUGUUUGGUAUUAUUGAAAUUAUUACAUUAUCAUAGCUAUAUUUUGUAGUGUCCUCAACUUCAUAUUUAUUAUUUAAUGUUAGCUCCAAAUUUUAAUACUAACUUUCUGGUCAUCGGUAUAUGAAACAUAAUUACCUUAUUUAUCGCUAUUAUUAGCAUAUAUAAAACUUGAGAACAUGUGCAAGGUUUUUUUAUUUUAAUCAUAAACCUAAUGACAGUUUUGAAAUU